CUAAAAACUACUUACUUCACUGUACUGUACUGUACGGUACUGUACUGUAUUUCUUAGAUCACUUCCCUGUACGAGUACGGUACGUACUAUCGUACCGCAUUUGUGCUCUGCUGCAGAAUACAGUUAGUAGAGAAGUCAGAAUUAAUUCUUUCUUCCGAUACGAGUACCGGUACGUACGAAGUCACGUACUUUCAAAUAAUUCGAGUUUCCCAAGUUUACAGCUCAGUAUUGACUUUUGUUCAUUUUUUUCUUCGUUUUUCUCACAAAUCCAAAUCUUCCUCAUUUCAAAAUCUAACCGUCGAACAGAACGAAACUGCAACAGUUUUCAAAGAGAAAGCACAAUGAAAGCAUCGAUGAAAAAUAAAAUACCGACGAUGUCGAAAUUGAUCGCGACGUCAAUAGUACUAAUUUCGGAACCGGCUUACGCAUUCAGAUCUUCGACAAUACCAAGUCCGACAAUUGUAAAAUCGUUCGAAUCUAUAAACCCAACUUCGCAAUCUAUUGUUGUUGUGAAAAAGAGAGCGAGUCAGGAGAUACCGAAGUAUGAUCUAGGGAUCGGGAAAAAUAGACCUGUAGGGAGUCAGAAUGGCAUCAUCGAGGAGGAUUCAUUGGUGGAUAGCCGACUAGAUCCGACGCAGUUCUUAAUAGAGCACGAGUCGGUACGGCCAUACCCUUCCCCUCUAAAUUUGACAAAGAAUGAUGUAGAUCGAAAAGACCCGAAAAAUCACAAACGAAAGAAUCUCCCAACAGUUCAACACAUCCGACAUGCAAAAGAUGUCUUGCACAUUCAAAAUCCCAAUUGCAUUGGGAGCAAUAACAGUGACAAUGACAACAGCAUACGCUUGUGUCUCCCAAUUAUUGCUCCGAUAAAUGAUUUCUCUACUGAGAGUAACGAACCAGUAGCAAAGCUCGACGUAAACACAAUAUGGGUUGAAAUGAUGCUGUACCAUGAACAAAGCAAAAUGCUGUGAUAUCAGCAAAUAAGAAAUACAAGUAAUGAUAAUAAUAAUGUAUCGGUACGACGUAACAGGAACAUGAAAAAACAAAAAUCAAAACGAAUCGGUCUUCGUUACCCAGCAACUUCAUGGCUAUUUGGUACAAGUACUUCUAUUAUCUAUUACUCUACCGGUACUUUACCUGGUACCGUACCGUACGUACGAUACUGUAAUUCAUUCUGAAUAAAUUACGGUACGUACGGUACCUAGUACGUAAUUCGUAAAAAAAUAAAGUUCCGCGCUUUCAGGAUUCAGUUGACUAGAUCGAUCCAAAUUAAUAGUAGCAGAGUAGUUGUACCGGUUCGUACCUCAUUGUAUUCCUUGAAUGAACGAAGCAAUACGAACUCCUACGUACGUACGAAGUACAGUACAAUUAUUGUGGCUUUUGAUAUUGUAACACGUCAGCUGACCGUUCGUAGCAGGACAGCUUUGAUUGGACGUCACAAAAACUUUUGGCGUUCGCUCAAGUUUCAGGUUUUAGUUUCCAUCUAGAUUUUCACCGUUAUAUCAUUGAAGAAUACCGGUACCACGGUGCGUGUGAAGUCCUCAGUUCACGUUUACGAUGGCACUGACACCAUGAAAUGUGAUUUACGAUAACCAUUCACCAUCAAAGGAAUUCAAAUUCAACUCGAAUUUCUUUUUGAUAAUCAUCUGUACACAAUUGAAAAUCAGAAACGUGAAGUCACCAUGAUUCGAAAGAUUUCAGAUGCUGUGGCAUCGAUUCUGAUGUGCCUGGCAUUAGUUCUCACAUCAAUAGAUUCCUUAACGCCGAUAAAAUCUUCUUUAAGAAGGUUACCGAAAAAGACAGUUCGUAGGGAGAACAGAAUAGAAUGUGCUUCCUCGAGAAGGUAUGGUCAUAUGCUAUCUUCUUCCCGACUUUUUUCGGACUUUUCCUCCCACCCAUAUUCAGUGUAUUACGGUGCAAGCGGUUCCACGGCAAAGCAAAAUUUUAGUCAAAACGAUGAUAUUAACGAUGUCUAUGGAUAUGGCCCCGACGACCGAGGCGACGACGAACCGUAUCUCAACCCUGAAACCCGAUUGCGCUCCAUGCAAGACGGCGCGCGCCUUAGUGGGCGUCGUGGUGCUACUGUAUUUGGUAAGCGAUACGAGGGUAUACCUGAUAAUCUUCCCCAUCCAAGAGAUGAAUUCUUCCGUGGUGAUCCACAAAUGGUGGGUGGCAGAGAUCCAUAUUUCAAUGACGACGGAUACAUGAUGGAAAAUCCUGAAUACAUGGAAGAUCCCGACGUUCACCCGGAGGAUCUCAUGUACGAGCGCGAAAAUCUGAAAGGUGAUCUCGAUGAUGAGAUUCUUGAUGAAAUGCAUCUCCAACCUCGCCACGACAUGAACGGUAUUCCCGAACCCAUCAACGAAUUUCGAGAUCUACAGUAUCCGAUUGACAACGCCAUGGCCCCAAUUCAGACCAUGUCGAUGGGAAGGGAUCAAGGUACGAGCGGUGUGGUCGAUGAGGUUAUGACCGAACUCAAGAACAUGCAGCAAACUGUCCUAUCUUUGCAAACCGAACCACAACAAGUGAGGGAAAGCGAGAACGAGAACGGAGCACCUUCACAUACUGCCAACUCAGAAGUUCUGAUCAAUGGAGAUUCUACUGCUACUGCCACUGCAAACACAGAUCCAGUAAGUAUCGAACAUGUAAUAACCAAUUUGGAAAACAUGCAGAAAGCGUUUCAGACACAAGGCGUCGACGAGGACCGUCAUGGCACUGUUUCGACUGAAAGUUUUGGUAGCAAUGCGCCGACCGGCGAAGCCUUACAACCAGUACAAACAGACAGAGGUAAUGGCGGUUUGUCGAAUGAUGAAGUUUUGCAACAACCAUCAUCAACAACAAAUAGGGAUGAUACCGAGUCAUCCAACACGCAGCAAUCGCCCAACUGUGAAGUUAAUUUUAAAUGGCCUUCACAGGAAAGAAUAAGCUCAGCCGUUGGUACUAUAGAAGCAGCUGACGCAGCUCGAUUUUUGAGUGGUGAAUAUGUAGUUGUCAUCAAUGCAGAGUUGAAGCGAAAGAGUGAUGUUGGGGGGAUAGAUGAUCAGGGUGGACAAGAUAUGGAUGGGGGAAACGACAGUUCGGAGGGGGGGAAUCCACCUUUUUGUGGUGAAACUUUCGGUAGUAGAUAUCUAUAACUGCCUUCACUUGAUUAUGCCAUCUCUGGACGUUCGCGUUGUCCGCUUCGUUGCAGUGAUUGGCGAGAAAAAUACGAUGAGAGGGAAGGAAAGAACGACGUUGAAUAAAAUUGUACCAUAAUGUUGUUUAGAAACUUAUUUUAAUUGCGAAAAUAACUAAAAUCAACGUAU